UCUUGGACAAGGGUCAGUACCUUGAUCCGGCGCGGGACGCAGUACAUUCUGCAAAUCAACGUCGUUGCUUCGUGGCGACUCGAUCUUCCUGCUCUCUGCGGACGGGUGCCAGCUACGUUAAUCGAAGCUGUGGGCCCAGUCACGAUCUCCCCGCUGCCCAAAAGGCUCAUCAAUAGAAACUGCCAAGGCAUUUCAAGGCUCACGGCACCAUCGGCGGCAGUCGCCAUGGCGCAACAUACUAUAGUCGACAUCCUGCAGACCUUGAUCCUCUCUGUUCAGGCGUGGUUCGACAGCGUGGGGCUGGGAGGAAACGUCUGCUAUGAAGGCAACGCUAGGCAGAUCUUUGCCGACGCUGUCAGGUCACUUGAUUGGAAGACCAUCCUCAAUCCACCGCUACCACCGGGGUUGGCUCUCAUCCCUCCGAUUUCCAGAUUGCUGUCCCUGGCCGUUGCGCUGCCACUACUCACCAUCGGGCUCUUGGACUUUGCCGGCUACGCGGUCUUCCGAACGCUCGGCUUGAGAAAGCGGAGAGUAAGAGUCAAAGUCGGAAGGUCACUCAGCCGCUCGAGUUCUCAACGACUUCGCUUGGGUGUCAACAACACGGCUUUUGCCAGCAGCCCGGCUCCACUACUGAGCCCAGGGACGUACGAUGCAGAGACGCUUCUCCGCCAUCGGGCACGCACGGCCAGCGAUGCCAGGCUGGAAGCAGAUGAGCUUUGGGCUCGAACGGGCGGCAGCUUUGCGCGCGUUCAAGCAGCAGCAUCAAACACCCCUGGCAUCGAAGGUACAGAAAAGGAGCAUGCGGCAGCUUCGGGUGCCUCCAGCGGUGUUGACUCUGGCAUGAUCUCACAGCUAGACACAUCCCUACUGCCAAAAGGGUUAUCCAACGGCAUGGGGUCCGACGGGGAGGAAGAAUAUGAAGAAGAGAUUGACGACAGCCGAGACAGCUUUGGAAUGGUAUCUGGUAUCGGUGUCGAGGGUCCGCUUGGCUUCUCAGAUACGGACGCAGAGUCAGAUGCAGGCGAAAGCCCUACGCAUUCGCGGCGCUCGUCUCGCGAUGCGAGCAGCAGACGAGGACAGGGCGCGUUUGGAGGUCUCAAGUUCACGCCCAUGAGCGAAGACCUGCCACACCUCGGAGGAGGCAAGGGCGAGCAGGGCUCUGGGCCCAGCUGGUUGGGUCUUGGUAAUGGUAACGAUGGUGACCUCUACACCGCCAGAGCAGCGCAAGCCGCUGAUCUUGCGCCAUGAGAGCCUUCUAACUUGCGUCGCACGUCCCUACCUCGAAUCUAGCGAAGCGACACAACAGGCGAAGAUGCGUCUCCAGCAUUGUAGCUUACUUUGAGCCUCAUUCAUCAUUCAAGGGCCGUGCCUUCAUCAUCCCCACGCGCCAAUGGGUCCAAGUCUAGUGCGGGGAGCAUUUGCGAUCGUAAGACGUGGAUGGUGUGAAAGCG